AUGGCCAAAAAAGUUUCCAAGCAUAGUCGUGCAGCAAGAAGAGGCGAGAUCGACGUUGGCGGAGAGGCCAAGGCUUUAGAAAACCUCCCGAGAGAUGAAAACGACGACGUCAGAAAACACAUCAUCCGCACAACCAUCAAGAACGAGAAUCUCCUAGCCAAGAAGAUGGAAUUGGAGAAGGUCAAGAAAAAGGGAAACAAGAAGUUGAGCCAUACAUUUAAGCACAAGACCGAGAAGAACUCCCGUCUCGAGGGUGUUUUGGCCGGCAAGAUCCAGCAAAGCAUCGAGAAGGCGAGAUACGUCCAAACCGCCAGAAAGUCCGGCUGGGACCAGAUUAACAAGAGCAUUGUCAUUAGAACCGAUUUGACCGAGGCCCCGGCCGAGAAAGCCGGGGAGGCUGUCAGCGAAAAAGAGGCCCAGCAGAAAGAGGAGGACGAGUACGUCAAGCUGUUUUUUGGCGACCAGGCGACCACCGAGGAGCCCCCGCAAGAUGAGGCCCCUGUUGCCAAGCCCAAACCCUCUGGCAACAUUUUCGACAUGCUCGAGGAGACUGAUUGUUAG